AUGGAUGUGAGUGUGGAGAGGAUCGUUCAGAGCAUCGAACGCGGUGACCAGGACAGUGUCCGAACAUGGCUGGACAAGUACAACACAGAGCACUCCCAGUGUUUCUUCUACAGUGUGGGAGGAAAGGAGAGGAGUAAGGUAGGGGAUCUCUCUCGGUUCCAUAAGAAUGAAGUGCAGAGCUAUAUCCCUGGCUCUGAUUACAAUGUUGACUCUGGCGAGGAGAGUGAAGAUCUUAUUUUACGCAGGCGGCUGGCCGCGGCCCUGAUCUGGUUUGUUCAAUCACAGCUGCAGCCAGGAGUACUGAGGGCGUGUCUGAGCACCCUGCGCAUCCUGUCCCGUGACUGGCAGGCACAGGCGCCCUUCAUCACCGACUCCGCCAUCCUCACCCUCGCCCGCCUGGCCGGCAUCACCUGCCUGCCCCUCCCAAACGAAGAAGAGGAGGUGGAGGUUAGGGAGGGGGAGGGUUCCUGCUGUGGCAGCUCCACCUCUGAUGGCCAUCCCAGGGGCUCCUGUUGCUCUAAACCACGUGUCACUCCCCCAGACAUGCGUGGCCGGCCGGGAGAGGUUGUCAUAGAGACAUGCUAUGAGCGGUGCCAGCCGAGCAGGUACGGCAAGAAUCACAGCGGCAUGCUGGCCAGGGGAAAGAGGGAUGCCCGGGGAGAGAGUGAAGAGGAGGGGGAGGCGUGUUACGAUGACGGGGAGGCGUCGAGGAAGGAGGCAAUGAAGGCUCUCUGUAAUGUCAUCUACAACAGCCAGAGGGCGCAAGAGAGAGCUAGUGCCCUGAGACUUUUAACGGGGCUGUCUGAAAAGCUGCAGAAUGGCAUUCACUCUCUGUCACCCCCCAGUGGGCAAUUUUAUGACCUGCGUUUACUGUUUCUGCUGACUGCUUUACGGCCGGAGCUCAGAAAACAGUUUAAGCAGGCACGUGGUGUGUCCAUGCUCACUGCUGCACUGGGACAGUGUUUGGAAGUGCGCUGGGCUGAGGGCUUUGAGGUGGUGACGGACAUCACAGCGCCCCCUAUCAGUAAGGAUGCCACCCAGCGUGCCAUGGAGAUCCUUAAGAGCCUUUUCAACGUCACAUACACGGUGCGCAGACAAAUUUCUGAUGAGGAGGAUGAGGCUCUGUAUCGCCAUCUAGUGGCAAUGCUGCGCCACUGUUUGCUGAUCUCCUUUGAAGAGGAAGAUUUAGCAGAUGAGCUACAAGGACAUACGGUGAACCUGCUGUCUGUCCUCCCCCUGGCAUGUCUGGAUGUCCUACUCUCUGUGCGCCUGUCUGAGGAGUCCAGGGUGUCCCACGGAGUCAACAUGGACAGCGUCCAUGCCCUGCUGCUUUUCAUGGAGAGAAGACUGGAUCGAGGUCACAAGCUGAAGGAGAAGCUAACUCCAGUCUUAAACCUUCUGACGGAGAGCUGCCGCGCACACAGGGAAACCCGACACUAUCUCAAACAACAGAUCCUUCCACCGCUAAGGGAGGUGGCUCUGAGGCCAGAGCAGGGAAACGCCCUCAGGAACAAGCUAGUCAGACUGAUGACCCAUGUGGACACGGAUCUCAAACACUGCUCCGCUGAGCUGCUUUUCGUGCUGUGCAAGGAAAAUGUGAGCAGGUUCGUGAAGUACACGGGCUUUGGUAAUGCAGCAGGACUCCUGGCUGAGCAGGGGUUCCUGUGGGACCAUGGGCCCUCCUCUCAGAUACAAUACUCCAGUGACUCUGACUCGGACACAGAGGAGUACCGGAAUGUCCGGGACAGGAUCAACCCGGUGACGGGCCAGGUGGAGGAACCACAGCCCAACCCCAUGGAAGGAAUGAGCGAGGAGGAGAAGGAGGCCGAAGCCUCACGCCUUGUCAACAUGUUCAACAUGCUCUCCAGGCACAAAAUCAUUCAGCCAAUGAGGGUAGCAGCAGAUGGCAGACUGGUGCCACUUGGUGGCCAGAUGAGGAACAACACCCUGGAGGAAGAGGAGGGGGAGGAGAAUGAAGGGGUAGACAGUGAAGAAGUAGAUUAGGACCAAAAGGAGAGA